CAUUUAGGGAACGUGUUAGUGGACAUGAAGCUCAUUGACAUCAAGGACACGCUGCCUGUGGGCUUCAUCCCGAUCCAGGAGACAGUGGACACACAGGAAGUGGCUUUUAGGAAGAAGAGGCUGUGCAUCAAAUUUAUCCCACGGGAUUCAACCGAAGCUGCGAUUUGUGACAUUCGGAUCAUGGGCCGGACCAAGCAAGCCCCUCCUCAGUACACCUUCAUUGGGGAACUGAACAGCAUGGGGAUCUGGUACCGGAUGGGCAGAGUGCCGAGAAACCACGACUCAUCUCAACCCACGACGCCCUCCCAGUCGUCAGCUGCCUCCACCCCGGCCCCCAACCUGCCCAGGCACAUCUCCCUUACGCUCCCCGCUACCUUCCGAGGCCGGAGCAGCACCCGCGCGGACUACGAGUACCAGCAUUCCAACCUGUACGCGAUAUCAGCGAUGGACGGCGUGCCUUUCAUGAUUUCAGAGAAGUUCUCCUGCGUUCCGGAGAGCAUGCAGCCCUUCGAUCUCUUGGGAAUCACCAUCAAGUCUCUGGCAGAAAUUGAAAAAGAGUACGAGUACAGCUUCCGGACAGAGCAGAGCGCAGCCGCCAGGCUCCCGCCCAGCCCCACCCGCUGCCAGCAGAUCCCCCAGUCCUGAGGGCCAGCGCCGAGGGGACAAGAGCGUCCGCCCUGACUACGGAGCGCCCCUCGCCCUCCACACCGCCUGCCGGGCCGGCUGGGGCCUGGGCUGCCCCUUCCCGGCCCUCGCCUGCCCGCGUGGCGCCCCGCCUCGGGCCGUCGUUCCUAACCGUGACUAAUCCGCGUGCUGUCGUGACCAGCACCCUAACCUGUCUGUGUGCUGACCAGUCGCCCUCCGGGCCCGCGGCUCCCGCCCGUCACCGCCACUCGGGGUGGCGUGACCUUCCUCCCAGGAGACUCGGGGCGCGGGAGGAGCCCGCCCCUUGCUCACCCCUCACCUGCACCCUGAGGGCCUGGGAGGGAGCUGGGGGGCCACGUGCCGCUCCCACCCCACUGUGAACACCCUGGGACUUGUCCCUCAAACACUGGACGAGCCGAGGUCAGGAGCGGCCGCAGGGCAGGGCCCCAACUCCCCAGGAGGAGUUUGGGGCCCUGGCGCACUCUCGGGGCCCUGGUCCCACAAAGGGCUCGCCCAGCCAGCCACGUGCCAACAGCAACUGCAAACGCCUCGGCCCAGAGACCCCAGGUGAAGGGGUGUGGACGUGCGCCGCCGCUUCAAGCUCGGCUGUGUCCAGGCCUCUGCUCACGGGACAACGGCUUCCCUCCGGCCCCGGGAGUCGGGCCUCAGGCGCGCCUCGCCCAUCACAGUCACCUCGGCUCCGGGCGCACCUGCCAGCAGCAGCGGACAAGCCA